UCAACGUCAACCGAAGCACCAGCACCUUAUAGAUCUAGACGCUCUCCACCGCUGCUCCAGUCCAGGGGAAAGAACACGGUUUCUCCCUUAGCUGCGAGGUAGCAAGGCCACGCAUCAGAUCUCCAACGACACCGGCAUCUGCUUCCGACACGGCCAGCGAUCCACCGGCGAGAUAGCUCCACAGGACGGCAGCUAGGCUUCAAAGUUCAAAGUACGACAGUUCACCUUCAGCGGAGCCCACGCCUUCCAAAUUGGUUUGGCUGCAGCGAACUGCAUGGAACCAACGAAGAACAUCCGGUAGAGCUCCACGCCAGCGGCAUUGAAGCUUCUCGCGGUGGCGGCGCGUUCCGUUGUAUCUAAUCUAUUAACUGAGCCGUUCGUGAGUAUGUCGGGUAAUUAAUUGGAUGAUCCACCAUUCCUGGGUGCCUGCUCAAGCAAUUCUGGACCUCCAAAACGCAAUAACUCGCUGCUGCGAAACGCACACGAGCAAGAGCUGUCUCCAAAAGAAGAUCGGCUAAUAUGAACAUCGCCACAGGGGCGAUGAACACCCUGCUCCCCAAGCUUGCGGAGCUGGUGGUGGGCGAAUACAAGCUGCAGAAGGGUGUCAAGGGAGAGAUCAAGGAACUCGAGAAAGAGCUGACAUACAUAAGCGCAGCCCUCCGCAAGGUAUCUCAGGUGCCGGUAGACCAGCUUGAUGAGCAGGUCAAGGUCUGGGCCCGUGACGCGAGGGAGCUAUCUUAUGACAUCGAAGAUGCUGUUGACACCUUCAUGUUGCGUGGCAAGGGCCGCGAGCAAGAAGGCCAAGACACUUCCAGCCUCAAGGGGCUCAUUGGUAAGGCUGCCAAUUUGUACAAGAAGGCCAGGAAUAACCAUAAGAUCCACAACGUUAUCAAAGACAUCAUGGACCAGGUCAAGAAGGUCAGUGAGUGUCGUGAUAGGUACAAGGUUGACAACAUUGCUGCCGGACCAAGUUUGGUGUCUGUUGAUCCUCGCCUAGAAGCUAUGUACAGAAAGGCAGCAGAGAUAGUUGGAAUUGAUGGGCCAAAGAAUGAGCUAGUCAAGAGGCUCACGAAUGAGGACAUCUCAUCGUUGCAGCAACCAAAGAUAAUUUCUAUCGUUGGAGUUGGAGGCUUGGGGAAGACAACUCUUGCAAAUGCAUUGCUUCAGGACCUUAAGGCAAAAUUUGAUUGCCACUUUUUUGUCUCCGUAUCCUUUAAUCCUGAUAUAAAGAAGAUUUUCAAGAAUAUUCUUGUCCAACUAGAUGAGGACAAGUAUGGCCACAUAGAUGAAGCAUGGGAAAUAAAUCUUCUCAUCAACAAAAUUAUAGAUUUCCUCAAGAAUAGAAGGUGCUUGUGCGUGAUUGAUGAUUUAUGGAAAGAAUUGCCGUGGGAUACAAUCAAACUUGCUUUGCAGGAUGGUACUCAUGGAAGCAAGAUAAUCAUAACCACUCGCAAUAAAGCUGUCGCGGAACAUGUUGGUGGUGGUAUUUAUGAACUAAAGCCUCUUUCUAAUGAUGACUCCAGAGAGUUGUUCUACAAACGGAUAUUCGACUCUCUAGAUGAUUUUCGUCCUGAUUUGAGCAAAGCUACUGAAAAAAUCUUAAAGAAAUGUGGUGGUGUACCAUUAGCCAUUAUUACUACAGCAAGCUUACUAGCUACUAAACCGAGGUGUUCAGUGGAAUGGGAGAAGGUGAAUAAUUUUAUUGGUUCUGGAUCUGAAAAUAGCCCCCAUGUGGACAAGAUGAACAUGAUAUUAAGGCUUAGUUACAAUGAUCUGCCUUUCCAUUUGAAGACUUGCUUGUUGUCUCUGAGCAAAUAUCCCGAGGAUCAGGUGAUUAGAAAGGAUGUUUUGGUAUGGAGCUGGAUAGCAGAGGGUUUCAUUACACGUGUAGGGUCAAACUUGCAGGAGACGGGGGAGGGUUACUUCAAUGAGCUUAUUAAUAGAAGCCUGAUACAGCCCGUGAACAUUAGAAAUCACUUUAACCCGCUUGGAGAGAGGGAUGUGUAUGCUUGCCAAUUACAUGAUAUGGUGCUUGAGCUUAUUAUCAAGUUGUCAGCCGAAGAAGGCUUUGCUACCACUUCGUUGUCAAAUGGUGAACAAGCAGGUGCUUCUUCGCAUCAGAGGGAGAUCAUCAGGCGGCUAUCCCUCCACAACAGCAGCAACGCCAAUGCCUCAAUAACUGAAAGAAAGCUGCUGUCCAAAGUGAGGUCACUUGAUGUCUUUGGCCGUGCAGAUUUAAUGAUGCCGGUCCUGUCAAGAUUUUGCGUUCUACGUGUGCUGCAGCUAGAGGACUGUUCUGGUCUGGAUAACAAUCAUCUGAAGGAUCUCAGCAAUUUGUACCUCCUGAAGUUUCUGCGGCUACAGGGUUUGAAAGUCACCGAGCUCCCCGAGAGUAUUGGCAAGCUAGAGUCUCUGGAAACAUUGGACAUCAGAGGUGCCGGUAAGUCGGUGAUAAUGUUACCACUGUCUUUUGGUAAACUAGGAAAACUGGUCCGGCUACAUGCUGGAAGAGUGGAACUGCCGGAUGGUGUAGCUCUGGAGAAUAUGAAAUCUCUACAAGAGCUAGUAGGCAUACGCCUUACCGUGCACGCCAUGACUGAGAUUGGUAAACUGAGAGAGCUAAAGGUCCUCGAACUUUUCAUCAAGGAAGAAUCUAAGAGUAGCAGUACUGGCAAUUCGGAGGAAUUGGUUCGCACGUGCCUCCAAAUGUGCCCCAGUUCAUUACAAGUAUUGGUGCUAAGAGCUCUAGUAAUGCUUCGUUCCAUGGAUUUCAUGGCACCGGUUCCUUCCGGUCUACAGACCUUCAUGUGCAAUAUCGACUUAAUGGCAAUCCCAAGGUGGAUUGACUCGUCGCUCUCUUGUCUCACCGUCUUGUCCAUCGGUCUAUGGCGUGCGCGUGUACAGCCUGAGCACCUUGACAAGCUUGCUGGGCUGCCAUCUCUUCGCUUUCUCAGGCUACGUGCACGGACACCACCGGGUGAGCAGGAAAAGGUCGUUAUUCACAGCAGUCCAUCUUCAUUCCCGUGUCUAACAGAUCUUCGGUUUUCCUGCCCCUUGAUGUUCCUUAAGUUUCAACCUGGGGCUAUGCGAAAGCUUUGCCAACUUUACCUGGCCUUUCACGCCGGAAGGACCAAUGAUCAUUUUUUAACUAACACCUUCGAUUAUGGAUUCGAGAACCUCCCUUCUCUCCAACAUGUCGUCAUUGGGUUAGUGGGGCACGAGCGCCGCAAAGCCCAGGAUGCUAUUAGGAAGACAAUUAAUGAUCAUCCCAACCAUCCAUCGCUCGAUUUUUCCUAGCUAUAUGUAAGAUUUGAAGGAUGGAAGCAGCUUAUGGGAUUUGUCGCUCGUCAUGUGCUUGUUAUGGGUGAAAUAAGCCCAGAGAAAUAUUAGGCCCACGAAGGACCGGAAUGGCCCGCCUCAGAGCCGCGAUACGACAAAACAAGUUAUCGUCCUCUCCUCGCCGAAACCCUAGCAGCAGCUCAGGCCUCCCUCCCCUCCCACCAGCCGGCGGGUCCCUUCACACAGCGGGAGAUGGCGGAUCAGGAGUCUCCGGCUGCAGUUGAGGCACCUACCCCGGUUCUUGGGGAGCCGAUGGACUUGAUGACUGCUCUGCAGCUUGUGAUGAAGAAGUCAAGUGCUCAUGAUGGGCUUGUGAAGGGUCUUCGUGAGGCUGCC